AUGCAAGAUAAAUUCGCUUCUUCGUAUUUUGAGCAAGAGACCGGACCCGUGGUGAAUUUUUUUAAUUCACCUGAAAAUGACGUCUCCAAAGAAAGCCAUCAACAAGCUUUGACUUUUAGGAAUAAACCAACUAAUAGUGCUAAUACUGGACAAAAUCAGGGAAUUCUUGCCCAGUGUUGUCUUCCUCAAUUAUCCUUUAUUUCCAACAGGCUUAAAGGCAUUAUUCGUAUUGAUUUUAUAGCUGCCCUUCCUAAAGAGCUUUCAAUUCAUAUAUUAUCAUAUCUUGAUGCAAUUUCCUUAUGUCGAGCUGCUCAAGUUUGUAAAUUAUGGAAACGUCUUGCUGAUGAUGAGGUGGUUUGGCAUAAAUUAUGUGAACAGCACAUUGAUAAAAAGUGUCAUAAAUGUGGUUGGGGCAUUCCGUCAAUGUUAGAACAAAAUAGAUUAAAAAAGACUUCUAAUGAAAAUGAUCCUUAUCCUGCUUAUGUAACGACUACUUGUAGUUCAACAACCCUUGACAUUCAAUAUGCUUCCGUUGAACAAUCUCAACCAUCAUCUCCAUCACCAACGAUACCUUCAACUCCAAAUACUCCAAAUUAUGAUUCACAAGAUGAAAUUCUUGAAAUAAAACGUGUUCGUAUUUCUGAUGAUAAGUUAUCUGCUUUAUUUGAAGACUCUCAUCCAUCUGUAUGUGAAAGUUCUAUGAGAAGACCUUGGAAAGAAGUUUAUGCUGAACGACAACGCGUUGAAUUCAAUUGGAGAAAAGGUCGUUAUAAUGAUAGGGUCUUAAAAGGUCAUGAUGAUGGUAUAAUGUGUCUCCAAUUCGAUGACAUUAAAGAUCGUCUUAUCACUGGUUCUUAUGAUAAUACUAUUAGAGUUUGGAAUCUUGAAACUGGUGAAGUCGUUCGUACAUUAACUGGUCAUACACGGUGUGUGAGAGCAUUACAAUUUGAUUAUGCAAAACUCAUUACUGGCUCAAUGGAUCACACUUUAAGAGUAUGGAAUUAUCAUACCGGUAAAUGUAUUACGAAGCUUGAAGGGCAUACUGGUGGUGUUCUAUGUCUUCAUUUUGUUGAUUACAUUGUUGCAAGUGGCUCCACUGACACUACCAUAAAGAUCUGGAACUUUUCUACUCACAAAUGUUUUACUCUGAAUGGUCAUAGAGAAUGGGUAAAUAAAGUUUUAAUUUUUCAAAAGACAAAACUCCUCUCUUGUUCUGAUGAUCAUACUUUACGGAUUUGGGAUUUGGCUUCACAAUCAUGUACUCAAAUUUUUGAUGGUCAUAACGCUCCGGUUCAAUGUAUUCAACCGACGUACUUGCACAUGAAUUCGAAUACAAACUUAACUACUAUUGAUGAUGAUCAACCAUGCAACCGAAAUUCUCGAAAGGAUGAUAACUUAACUCCUGUGAUAAUAUCAAGUUCUUUAGAUAAUGUGAUUAAAAUUUGGGACUUGCAAACUGGUGAAUGCCUUCGUACCCUAUUCGGUCACGAGGAAGGUGUUUGGUCGUUGGCAGUUGACAAGCUUAGAUUAGUUAGUGGAGCGCAAGACGGUAUAAUAAAGAUUUGGGAUAAGGAUUCAGGAAAUUGCAUGCAUACUUUAAUUGGACAUUGUGGUGCUGUUACAUGUGUUGCACUGAGUGACACAAAGAUUAUUACAGCAGGCGAUGAUGCAGAUAUUAAAAUCUGGGAUUUUGGGGGCCAAUAA